AAAAAAAGAGAGAGUGAGAGACAGGUUGCAGGAUACAGGUAUGUCGGACAGCCCUGUGGAGUGCGUAAGGCGUGUUCAAUAAAUCUUUUACCCAGGAUACUGCAGACAAUUGGUUCCAAAGUUCAAGGGUAAAAUAUCCAGGAGCAGAGUGCGCAGGGCAGAACCAGAAGAAGAGGACGAGUGUAGGAGAAGUGUCAAGGUGAUUCAUUGGAGAAAUUGGAAAGAAAUCAGUCACUGGUGUCCACAGAAAUAAACACAAUCAAGACUAAAUAUGGCUGAAAACUCGAGCCCAAAAAACAGCUCUGGUGACUUUGCUAAAAAAGUCCAACGGAGGCUGAGCAGAGGCAAAGAAAAGGUGCUGCAAAGGCUGGGAAAGACAGUAGAGACCAGAGACGACCAAUUUGAACAGUCGCUCCAGCAAUUCAUGGACCAGCAGACUGAUGGGAACCGGAUAUACAAAGACCUGAGGCACUACAUCAACGCAGUCAGAGACAUGCGUGAAUCUUCAAGAAGACUUUCCCAGUCUCUGUUUGAUUCUUAUGAACAUGACUGGGCUGCAGGGGAGGAUUUAGGAGCCAUUGUAGAGGGAGAGGACCUCCUGUGGAAUGACUUCGAGGUGAAGUUAAUAGACCAGGCCAUCCGCACCAUGGAGUCCUAUGUGAGCCAAUUCCCUGAUGUGAAGGAGAAAGUGGCGAAGAGAGGAAGAAAGCUGGUGGACUAUGACUCUUCCCAGCACCACCUGGAGGCGCUACAGACUGCGAAGAAGAGGGAUGAUGUCAAGAUAAAUAAGGCAGAAGAGGAGAUGUAUGCAGCCAAAAGUGUGUAUGAAAGCAUCAACAAUGAGCUGAAGGAAGAGCUGCCUCAGCUCUACGAUAGUCGGAUUGGAUGCUAUGUUUCGGUCUUCUCAGCUAUGUCAAAUUUACGAGACAUCUUCUACAAGGAAAUGAGCACGCUCAACCAGGAUCUACAGAGUGUGAUAAAAGAGCUGCAGGCUCAGCAUCCAGACAAAGUGUUUGCUGUGAGGGGAAUGCAACGGUAUGGCUCCCUGAAGAGACGAACCCUCAUGUCUCCUAAAGCCUGGAAAGCGAGCUUCUCUGAGUUCCACAAGAGCUACAGUCCUAGACCAGGCCAGAGGUUCAGCUUCAAGUCUCCGGACAAACCUCGACAUGGCACCCUGACCAGAGAGAGCAGCACCCACUCAGUGACCCCUCAAUCACCCCUCCUGGAGAGUCCCACCUCUGAGUUCAGGGACCUGGAUGCCGAGUCAAACAACAGUGAGACCCCAAGUUCUCUUACACAAGAGGAGGCAGCAGAGGGGGCGUCUGGGAGCGAGCUGAAGUCAGGAGAAGACAGCGGUCAAGUGGAGGAAGAGGAGGAGGGGGAGAAAAAUGUGAAGGAAGAGGAGACUGAGACACCUGCAGAGUCUGAUAAUAAGGAAGACGGUGAGAAAGCUCCACCAAGUGACAGCAGCUCUGAACUGAACAACUCCUGUGACUCAGAGAGUCUGGACAUGCAGCUGUCUGAGGUCGGCCCACUGCACAUCGAGGAGAGAGAGGACAGCCCGGUGCACUUUGGGAGUCCUAAAGCAAACGGACUGGAGAGGAACGGGUUAGACUCUGACACUCAGGACCUGAGUAGUCCUCAGAAGGAUGUUCCUGUGUCUCUGGAUGUGAAGAACACAAUGGUUUAAAAGAAGCAGGAGACUGAAGACAACAGCUGCACGAAA